CCCCUCGCUCGGCUCCGCCCAAGUGGGAGGCGCCCCCUCACGGCCUGGAGGAGCGCGGCGGCCUCAGGGUGUGCGGUGCCGGUGCUGGCGGCGGCCAUGUCCUGCUUGGGCCUCGCUGAGGCCUCGUCGUGGAGCACGCGCACCCGUAGGGCCCGGGCGGCGCAGGGUCAAGGCGAAGCUCAGGCCCAGCAGCUUCGAGAGCUGUGGAGUCGAACUGAGAAGGCCGAACGGAGGCUGUUGACCUUUGAGAAGCUGUUGGGAGAGCUGGGAAGCAACCUGGCAGCACUGGGGGAGCUGCUGCAGGGAUACGGGCACCUCCAGCAGCGUCUGGAGAACAUGGAGAAUCUGCUGAAGAACAGGAACUUCUGGAUCCUGCGGCUGCCCCCCGGUACCAGGGGUGAGAUACCCAAGGUACCCAUCACAUUUGAUGACAUUGCUGUGUACUUCAACGAGGAGGAGUGGGAGAGACUGGACAGCUGGCAGAAGGAUCUGUACAAAGCUGUGAUGAGGGGUAACUACGAGACCCUGAUCUCCCUGGACUAUGCUGUGUCCAAGCCUGACAUCCUGUCUCGAAUUGAGAGGGGUGAAGAACUCUGUGUCAAAGAUCAUUGGGAGCCCCCGGAGACACUCGACCAAGACAGUCCAGAACCCCCACGGACCAUCCAGGAUGAGCAGGAGCUCACACAGACACACAGCCCAGGCAAUGAGGAUCCUCUUCAGGCACACGUCCAAGACAGUGAGGAGCCCAUACAGGGCUGCAGCAGCAAUGACAGUGAGGAGCUGCUGAAGACAUGCCUCAGAGAUGGUCAGGAACCCACACAAACGUGUAUCAGAGAUAGUCAGGAUACCCUGCAGACAUGCAUCGGGGAUCAUCAGGAACCCUUGCAGGCACCAGAAGAGAUGGACCAGAUGGAGAAGGCUUUGGGAAAAGGUGUCCAUGUGGAAGCUGACAGGGCAGAGUUUGCUGUGUCCAAUCCUGACAUCCCAUCCCAGAAUGAAGAGCUCGGUGUCCAAGACAGUCAGAAGCCCCCAGAGCCAUGUGUCCAAGACGGUCAGGAGGCCCCACAAACACUGAAAGAGAUGGACCAGAAGGAAGAGCCUUUGGGGAAAGAUAAAGUCCCUGUGAAAGGUGGCACAAAAUUUCCCAGAGUGGUUAUGCAUGUUUUGUCUGUGAGUGCACAGGAAAAGGAGUCAAGCAGGGAAGAUCAUCCCGACUCAGAGGUGGAAGAUGACCCAGCAGAGUUUGGCUCUGAAGAAGUCUUUCCAUUAGAAAAUGAAAAGGCCUCUGAAGCGGCUUCUCUUCCUGAGAGCGUCAAGGUGAAAGAAGAGCCCAUGGAAUCACAGGAGGCAUCCGCACCCUCUCCUGACCCAGAGAUCCAGGAGUGCCCAGAAGGAGAGCAAGCCAAGCCCAAGAGCAAGAAGAAACCCAGCAGGUACGCGAGCAAUGGUCUGAUAGGCGACUGCCGGCGUGGCUACGUGCGCGAGUGGUCGCACCCCUGCACCGAGUGCGGGAAGCGCUUCCGUCUGAAAAUCAACCUCAUCAUCCACCAGCGGAGCCACGCCAAGGAGGGGCCCUAUGAAUGCUCCAUAUGUGAGAUCAGCUUCACUGACAAAAAACGUUUGGUCCUUCACCAGGGCAUCCACAUGCAACAAAGGGCCUUUGCGGCCAAGGUCUGGGGGAACACCCACCCAGAAUUGAGGAUGGGGCCAAGGAGGAAGCUCUGCAGGUCUCUCUAUAGCAGUGCCCAAAGUCUAGCUUACAGGACACGUGCAGGGGGGUCCUCCUGGCUGUGCCAGGCCAAGGAGGAGCCCUCCAGACCCAAUUCCUCCCAACAGCCGAUGCCUAGCACUCAUACAAGGAGUGUGGUUACAUGCAAUCUUUGCAAUAAGAGUCUCUCAUGCCCCUCUUCCCUCCAGCGUCAUAUGAAGACCCACAAGCCCUUCUGCUGCGCCACCUGCAAGAAAUGCUUCUCCCGCAGAACUCACCUGGUGCGCCAUGAGCAAAUACACGAACGGCAGAAAGCUCUAAAAAACCAGCAGCCCAAAGCAGAGCAGCCCGUGUCUGCCACAGCAGCACCCAGCUGUCCCCAGCCCUAAGGAGCUGCAGAGCACCUGGCCAGAGCGCUCCUCACCCACUUAACCAGGCACUCGAGAAGUGUCAACUCUGCACCUGCUGCAGCCAGAGGUGUUCAGUGAAUGCACUCCUGGUGGUUGCUGCAGAACACGUACUUCAGAUCAUCCUAGUCUUGUGAUAGCCCAACUUGGAAGGCAUCCUCAAGCGGCACCAGUUCCCAUUCAAGAACUGCUGCAUCCGCUGCUAUGGUGGGAGCACAGUCCGGCCUGUUCUGAGACUAUGAAAUAGGGUGGCAGUUUGGGAGGCAACAGAUGACAACAGGAGAGAUCCAAAUUGCUUGUUUCCCUAGGGAGAGACCAGGCAUCAGGACAGAUUUUGCACACAGUGGGCCACUGGGGUUGGAUACCUUCCAUUAGAUGUACUUCCCGUGGUUGCAGAAUGAAUCAAAGCCUGGAUGCCAUUAUGCACAGCAAAUUCCAGAAGCCUCUGGUGAUACAAAAUGCUUUACACCCCUCAGUUUUGUGUCUACUGGCUGAUGCAUGAAGCUUUCCCAAACUGACCUCCCCAUGUAAGCAAGUGUGUCUCCUGCAGCCCAGCAAAGGAAGAUGUAAGCAGCUGUUGAGCUCAGCUGUUUGAUGAUGCUGGAGCUGACCACUUUGUUUUGGAAUCAGAAUUUAACAGUGACGUGGAUGGACAGAAAGUUCUCAAACUGGAAAAUCAGAGUGAAUUCUCAAUGAGUUUUUCAUUUCAGUGACUGCUUCUUGGCCACGAUGUCAGGUGGAGAAGGGGGCAUCACUGGGAUCCUACCAUGUCCUGGCCAUGCUUGUCAAAUAACCCAUCCUGCUGAUUAAAUCCACUGAACACCAGAUCUGCAGGGGAACACCUGUCUGUUGAGCUGGAAGGCAGACAGAACAAGACAACCCACGACACUUUGUAGGGAUACUGGGGGUCAGGUCCCAGCAGGAAUCUUCCCUUGAAGAAGGCCAACCUUCAAGAUGGCUAAUGGCCUCAGACAGUCAUUUUAGGAAGGCUUUGCGGGUAGGAUUCCUCCUGUGCUGCAGCACAGCCCACAGAGGGACCCCCCCAAGCUUGGACAUGUUGGCUGACAGAGAAUCACAGGAGCAUAGGGGCCAGAACGGGCCUCUGGAGAUCCUCCAGUCCAACCUUCCUGCUAACACAGGUUCCCUAUGGUAGGUUGCACAGGAAGGUGUCCAGGUUUGUCUUGCCACCCCAGCUGCUCUGCACUCAAGUGUUCCCUCUGCUCGUCCCCGCUGAGACAAGAAGCCAUGCACAAUCCCUCUGUAACUAACCACGUGGAAGAAUAGUUUGCUAGCUACCUCAGCUGUCCCAAGGAGAGGCAGCCUGGUAGGUGAUAAAGCCAGGCCAGUGUGGCACUGGUGGCCCCAGGAACCAUGUGAGCCACCAGGCGCACUGCUGGGAAACACAAAUAUGUUGUUCAUACAUAUGAUGUACAGAGAGAAGUAAGCCCUGGUGGCAUCGCCAUGCAGGCCAAGCUGCUAGCACACUUCAGUUUAGUUCUUCAUUUCAUUGUCUGAUGUGAUUAUUUGAAAUUACGAAGCGUGCCCCUCUCUGGGCAGGGAGUGUGGGGAACCAAUUACUUUAGAUUUUUCAUUCCUGGCCACCUGCAAAGUGUGAAGGGCUGCAAGGUGACAUUACCUGGGCCACAUCCCAUCACACGCAUUCGUGGUGCACAGGACAGGGCUGGGCAGCACAGCCAUGCCCAUAGUGUCUGAAAUGCUCCAGGCCAUUCUCGUGCUGUCCUGCACUUGUCCCCAGCAGGAUGGCACUGUGAAACCCCGCAAGACCUAUAGGGAUGGUCACUACCUUAUAGGCUGUAAGGUGAUGGUCUAGCAGCAAGCUCUGCUGUAGCAUGGGCUGAUACUGGUUGUCCCUGCCCAGGUAGCUGUCACCGUGAAUCCCAGCAAUGCAGAGUGCGACUCAGCCGCUGCAGUGGUUCAUCACAUACCUGUGAGCCGGGGGCUGCAUGGAGGAGAUGGGCCCUCCCUCCUGCCCCAGCAUUUGCUUUAACGUUGUUGUGAGUGGGACCAGUGUUUUGUAUGAAAUCUCAGAUCCUUUUCUCAGGCUGUGGAAUCAGUAAAAUGUUUUGUCUGUA